AUGUCCGUGCGGCAUGGCAUGCCCAUGGACGCCGACACCUCUCGGCUUGCGGCGUGGAGUGCGCGUGUGAUGGGCGCUUCUAGCUGUGGCGCAUGCCCAUACCCUGUGCAUUCCAUCGUGGACAACGGCAAAGCGUGUGUGGGUGCCGAUGCGCGCGAGGACAUAGUCGCUCAGCAGCGGUGCGAGCAAUGGAAAAAUGACUUGCUGCGGACCAGCCCGAUGGUGCGCUUCAUGGUGAAGCACCUCACCAUUAUAGGCUGUGAUCCGGUACGUCCACGUCCUGCAUCUGCUUUGCUUCCGCCGAAAUUGUUGAUUGCUGCCUGCCCGCCCGACAUUGCUGGCGGCUUCUCGCCCGCACCGGCAAAUAAAGAUCCAUCGGAGGCCGGUAUCCUGUUGUGUGCAAACCGCAUCUACAGCAAAGCGCAUUUGGAAGAUACUUUGGCGCACGAAAUGAUACAUUGGUGGGAUAGUUGCCGCUUCAAGGUGGACUGGAACGAUCUGCGGCACCAUGCAUGCAGUGAGGUUCGCGCUGCCUCUCUCUCUGGCGACUGUCGCUGGACGCGCGAGAUCAACCGCCGGCACUUUACAUUUUUGAACCAGCACCAGGAAUGUGCGCGGCGCAGAGCCAUCCUUUCUGUGCGUGCGAACCCAAAGUGCGCCGACGAGGAGACGGCGGCACGUGUGGUGGAUGAAGUGUGGGACAGCUGCUUCAAUGAUACGCGGCCGUUUGACGAGAUCUAUUGA